AUGGAUCCAAGACAGCCGUCACAGCUACCCUUCUCGCGCAACGCUGCUUCGCAGUACAGCCGGUCACCUUUUCCUCCAUCGUCGAACACGACCGCGACGUCGACACCGAACCAGUCGCCAUUCCCACCCGUUUCUCACCCUCCUGCAAAUAAUCCUCCGUAUGCCGAGCAUCAGCGACGCUCCUCGGAAAACCCAUACUACGCAUCGGGCCCGAGAUCCUUCCCGCAAGAGCCCAACUCGGGGCCUCCUCCUCCUCCCCCUCCUCCUUCGGGCCACUCUCGACACCCAAGUGCAUCCUCAUUACCCGGCGGUCCGCCCAUGAAUCGUAACAUGCCUCCUCCGGGUUCUCCUCCCCAACCCGGAAAUCCGCCCCCCCCGGGAUCGCAUCAGAUAGGGCACUACGGCUUGCCUGUGCCAAGAGCUCCGCCUUUGACUGUUGGUCACCCAACUUCAUUCCCAGGCGGCCGCGAGCUGCCUUCGCUGCACUCGAUACAGAGAACGGGGAGUACUGGCAGCUCCAUGUCUAUAUCCUCCAUGCUGGGUGGACCUCCUACAGCGCAGAGAGACUCACAGCCACCGCCGUCGCAUUUUGCUGCACCUGCGACAUCCGCACCUUCUGGACCGACGUUUGCGCCGACGAUGCAGGCUUCCCCGAGAAUGCACUCUGCUUCUUCCGACUACCAGCCCUUCAGAAGACCUCAGACACCGGAGCAUGCGCGCCCGUAUGACCCGAGAGGCAGCGCCGCCGCAUCGCCCCAAGGUGCGUAUUCGACCACGCCCGAGAUGCAACGCUAUGGCACGCCGCAACAGGGCUACCACCAGCGUGGCCCAUCAGCUCAGGAUGGCAGAGAGUCGAGCCGAAUGCCCCAAGGUCCUCCGCCGAGGCCUACGAGCCAACCAAAGUCCUUCCAGAACAUGCCGCCGAGGCCUGCUGAUAUGGGUCGGAAUAACGGACCGGAGGAGAUGUAUCCGAGGCGGGAGGAGAUAUCUAGAGGCUCAAUGGAAUACAACCCAGAGAGACCUGGUCUGAAGCCCAUGACCUUUGACGACCGUUACCGAGCGGAAAGGGAUCGCCGGGACGAGAUUGAGUUUAGGGAAAGAGAGCAGGUGAGAGAAAGGGAACGCAGAGAACGAGCAUAUUCGGGAGGCGAUAGUGGGCGAGGGCCUCCAGUGCACCAAGGCGAGUAUCGGCCUCAGGAAGUCCAAAGGGGCCAACCUCCACCGUUCACGCGUCCACCCGAGCAACGUGAACAGGGCCCUUGGCCACCGAGGCAACAACAGCCCUUUGACCAGUCCAGGGUACCAUACGAUCCUGCUGGAUUGCACCCCAGACACCAUGAGUACCCCCCGACUUCUGCACCCGGCUAUGGAGCUCAAUCCCAUCCCACACCCGCUCCUCAAUUCCAGCAACAACCACCUCCGAACGACCGAUUCCCGCCACCAAACCAUGCCCAACAGCCGCCUCCAGGACAGCCAGGUCAGCCUGGUCAGCCCGGUCAGCCGCACCUGCAGCAGCAACAACCACAGCAACAGCCUUUUGAUUCCCCCGAGCGGCGGAUCAACCAUCUACAUCCUCAAGCGCUACCACCUUCCUCGCAUCGUCGACCUGUGGAGGAAGGCCCGCCACCUCCAUCCGUCGCAUACAAUACACCACACGGCCCGCCAAUGUACGAUUCACCUCGCAACCGACCAGUCGAAGAGCACUCGAACAACAAUCAGAGAAAUCUGUUGGCGGUCCAGGAAAUCAAUAGGAAAGGACGAGUGUCGCCAUUGCCUCAGGCUGUUCAAGGAGCGCAAUCACGACAGCCGGGACCAGCGGGUCAGCCUAGCAUCAAGACCGAGUUUGGCAAGAUGUUCUCCGGCAUAGGAAGCGGAGUUACCCUUAGUGGUAGCCCUGUUAACACAGUAGCUCCAUUACCAUACACAAACGCGAGCCUUGCACGACGUGAUGAGACAGACAGCGCGGCGCAUGAGUCUGGUCCAGACACGACAGCGCCCAAGCCUAAGGGACGGCGGAGAAAGUUAAAGGAGGAUGACACUAAGGGUGACGAGGAGAGCACGGGACGACUGACGCCUGUUGGUCGAGCAAAGCGCCCGAAGACUCAUCAACAUCACCACCACCAGUACGUCCCGGUUCCCUCUGGUCUUUCUACAACGACUAACGACGACAGCCAUCAUCACCAUCAUCACCAUGGUCAUCAUGCUGUCGACCACGCCAAUGGAUCUACCCCUACUCCCGCCAGCGCCACGCCUUUCAAGAACGUCAAGGGAAGCACUCCCAUCCCAUCCCCGACGGGACUUGCGAAAGAUCUGCCGGUUGCUCACCACCACCACGUCCCUCGACCGGCACAUCAGCAUACACACGUCAAGGAGGCUCCCGCCAAGCAGGCCGUUCAGAGCCCGACGAGCGCUCCGCCCCCCAAGCCAAAGACGAUUGUGACCUCGAAGGUCGUUCUCGAAUCGGUUGCUCACCUGCCGCGAAAUCACUUGGGAGACGUCCUAUACGAGCCCAAACUGAGGCCCGCAAGACAAAUUCCCAACCUCCCAUCGGGUCGCGGAUUCUCCUCGACUCCUAUGCCACUUCCUUGGAACGUCAUCAAGGACAAGGAGAACUGCACACUCACGGUGAAGGUGCCCAAGGUGCACCUCACUUCAGCAGCGAGGGAAGAGAUCACGGCUCGCAGAGCAUUGUGGGGCACAGAUGUGUACACGGACGACUCGGAUGUCAUUGCUGCGUGUAUCCACGGAGGAUGGAUCCGAGGAGAAUGGGGCGACGACGUCGAUGUGGCAAUGUUGGAUCUCGAUCGCGGUCUCAAUGCCCCCGAGAAAGAAGGUCCGGCGACUAAGAGACGCAAGGAAAAAGAGAAGGAGGAAAAGGCCCGGUUCGAGGCCAACUCAGCCACAUAUCUCGACAAGCCGCCCAAGACGGGCCCUGUCGACGUGCCUAUCGAUCGCGAUAUGCACAUCAGCCUUGUGAUCCUUCCGCGAUUGGAUAAGUACGGCAGCACUACUCGCUUCGGCAUUCAGUCUCGAGAGUUUGGCGGACGGUACAAUGGUCGUCAGUCGGUCCAUGACGGCAUCAGCUACAUGAUUACGGGUAUUCGCUGGGUCACCAAUGGCGCCGGUACGCAGAGUCGUCUCCGUGGCAAAGGCCGUAGAGAGCGAAUGCGCAAGGCCAUGGGAGAGAUGAACGCGGCUAGCCGGGGCCUUAAUGGGGCAGCGCUGGAGCGCGAGAAGCUUCGCCUUAGUAGGAUUCGAGGCGAGAUCGUCUCCGGCACGUGGUGGAAGAGAAAUCAGGGUGUGCGCGUCCCUGACGAGUACAAGGAACAGAGAGCGACGAGUGAAGGAGACAAGGAGAACAGACCCGACGGUGAGCCUCCUCAGAACGUGGCUCCCAAAGCGAACGACACUACUACCGCGAAUGGUGCUCCGGCGGUCGAGGGCGACAAGAUGGACGUGGAUGGUGCCGCAAAGGGCCCCGACGCUUCGGUUGCUUGA